AGCAGUUAUCAGUCAGCUCUUACAGCGUUAGGAACAGAAGUAACGUUAAAGGGUUUUGUCAGCAAACAUGGCAGCAGUUGAAGUUAUCUCAAAUCAGAAUGUAGUGGAGAGGGUGGUCAGUCUUCCCCUGGUGAGCUCCACCUAUGGUCUGGUGUCCACUGUGUACUCCAACACCAAGGACACCCACCCUUACAUCAGGACAGUUUGUGAGGCUGCGGAGCAAGGGGUCCGUACCAUCACCUCAGUGGCCUUCACCACCGCCUCACCCAUCCUAGACAAACUGGAACCUCAGAUUGCCAUUGCCAAUGAUCUGGCCUGCAAAGGUCUGGACAAGAUUGAGAAGACUUUGCCAAUUCUUCACCAGCCCUCAGAGCAGAUUGUGUCCAAUGCCAAGGAUGUGGUAACAAAUGCCAAAGAUGUUGUGACAGGCACAGUUUCUGGCGCCAAGGACACAGUGUCCGACACUUUGAACAGCGUCGUGGAAAGGACCCGGGGUGCGGUACAGGAUGGCGUGGAGAAGACCAAGGCAGUGGUCAGUGGAAGUGUCAGCACAGUUCUGGAAAGCAGAGUGGCCCAGAUGGUCAGCAGCGGUGUGGAAACGGCCCUCAGCACCUCGGAGAACCUGGUGGAGCAGUACCUCCCCCUGACGGAGAACGAGCUGGAACUGGAAGCUGAAAAUGUUCAGCGUUUCCACAACAAAACAAGCUACUAUGUGCGCCUGGGCUCCCUUUCCACCAAGCUCCGAAAGCGGGCAUACACCAGAGCCGUGGCCAAAAUCCAUGAUGGAAAACAGCGCAGCCUGGAAUUCAUUUCAGAGCUGAACUCCACGGUUGACCUGAUUGAAUAUGGAAGAAGGAACAUCAACGGAGCGAACCAGAUGGUAAACGACAAGCUCAACUCCUUGAUGGCAUGGAAGUCCAACAGUCCACAUGAGGAAAGACAUGAUGCAGAGGUGAUCGAGUCCCGCACCUUGGCCCUGGCUCGUUCCCUCACCCAGCAGCUCCAGACCACCUGCCUGGUACUCGUCUCCGGCCUGCAGGGUCUCCCCAACCACAUCCAGCAGGAGGCGCUGUCCGUCAGCCGCUCCGCCUCACAGAUCUACGCCAGCUUCAGCACGGCCGACGUGCUGGGAGACCUGCCUGACAGCGUGUUGACCAGCAGCAGAACACACAUGGGCAAAAUGAAGGAGUCACUGGACCACGUCAUGGAUUACCUGGUCAAUAACACACCCCUCAACUGGCUCGUCGGACCUUUUUACCCCCGGAUGGAGCCCAAACCCACGCCUACAUGUGCACCCUGCGCCACAGCAAGGCCCUCCAACAGAAGACACCGCCAGAGUCCAACGGAGGUCGAGAUGGAGCCGUUGGAAUCUGAGCAGCAAUAGAUGCACAUACUGCUAAAAUAAUCCUAUAUCCAAUUUGUAGAGGAGAUUAAUCUGUCUUUUUUUCUUUUAAUCCAUUUUAUACUUUUGUAAAAUUCAAAUCGUCUGUCAACUCUGAUUACAGAUGUAUUUUAUUCAGUGAAAACCUAAUUGUUUAUUUCUACAUCUGAACAGUUGACCAUUUGUCUUCUUUCCUUUAAAAUAAAUCAGAAUGUUCUUACACCAACAGAA